GCUUUGCCGCUUUAUUUCAAAGAUACACUGCGAGUCUUGCUCUGCACUCUUCUCUCCGAAAUGAGCCUCAACUCCUCUCGCUCUGCAAAUUCCGGGCCGCAGCAAUCCAACAGAAGCUUCAAUUCCAAUUCCUCAAACAGCAACAGCACCAACAACAAGAAGAGAAAAAGCCACCAGAAAACCCUAGGCGCGGCAUGGGGCGCCAAUUCCCGAUCCUCCUCUCGCUCCUCAUUUCGAUCGUCUCCAUUCUCGGACUUUGGCAGUUACAUGGUAGAGAAGAAUAGGAAGCUUCGACACCAGUUUGAUGCUGAGGCUUCAGGUUCUUCCCAUAGUGUUUCAAGUUCUGUUAAGCCUAUAUUUCACGGAGUUUCUAUUUUUGUUGAUGGUUUCACUAUUCCUUCUAGUCAGGAAUUGCGAAGCUACAUGUUGAAGUAUGGUGGACGUUUUGUGAAUUACUUUUCCAGGCAUCAUGUUACUCAUAUUAUCUGCAGCAAUCUUCCUGACAGUAAAGUCAAGAAUCUUAGGUCCUUCAGUAGCGGACUCCCAGUGGUGAAACCUAUGUGGAUUCUAGAUUGUGUGGCAGCCAAUAGGCUCUUGAGUUGGGUUCCUUAUCAGCUUGACCAACUUGCAAGCAAUCAGCCCAAGUUGUCAGCCUUCUUUGCUCUGAAAAGCAGCUUGACUUCUGAGGAUGCUUUGACAAAUCCAGUGCAUCCUAUAAAGCAUGAAAGUGAGGAGUUGAGUUUAUCUGAUGAGGGCAAGUCUAUGAAUAAGUUAAAAAUGACUGAUAAACCUAAUGACCAUUUUUCUGAAAAAGCUAAUGCAAUAGUUAAUGAGGAGUCUAUUAAUUAUGAAGGUGGAAAUUCUUGUGAAAUAAAAUUGGCAGAACAAUGUCAAUUUGAGAUUAGGGAAGGAAGUGGGACCAAAGAUGCACUUCUGUCCUGCCCUGAGCCCUCUGCUACUGUCAAUAGCCAUUGCUCUGACAAUCAAAGUACAAAAGGGUCACCAAGUUCAAGAGUUGCAGGACCUUCAAAGCAGCGCCAUUCAACUCUUGGAGAUCCAAAUUUUGUGGAAAAUUACUUCAAGAAUUCAAGGCUGCACUUUAUAGGAACAUGGAGAAGCAGAUACUGUAGGCGUUUUCCAAGCUCAUUGAAUCGAUUUGAUUGCACAAACUCUUGCCUGAAUGUUUCUGGUGAUGAAAGGAAGACUGCAAUUAUCCAUGUGGACAUGGAUUGCUUUUUUGUCUCAGUGGUCAUCAGGAACCAUCCUGAUUUACUGGAUAAGCCUGUAGCUGUCUGUCACUCAGACAAUCCAAAAGGAACUGCUGAAAUCUCCUCUGCAAAUUAUCCUGCUCGGGGUUAUGGAAUUAAGGCAGGAAUGUUUGUUAGAAAUGCCAAGGCUCUUUGUCCCCACCUUGUGAUUUUCCCAUACAACUUUGAAGCGUAUGAGAAGGUUGCUGAUCAGUUCUAUACUAUCUUGCACAAGCACUGCAGCAAAGUUCAGGCAGUCAGCUGUGAUGAAGCAUUUUUAGACGUUACAGACUUGGAAGGUCAAGACCCUGAACUGUUAGCUUCGGCAAUAAGAAAAGAAAUAGUUGAGGCAACUGGAUGCACCGCAAGUGUUGGGAUAGCUGAGAAUAUGCUUCUGGCCCGGCUAGCCACUAGAACUGCUAAACCAGAUGGCCAAUGUUACAUCCCUCCUGGGAAGGUUGAUGACUAUUUAGAUCAACUUCCGAUAAAAGCACUCCCAGGGAUAGGGCAUGUUUUGGAGGAAAAGUUGAAGAUGCGAAAUGUUUGGACAUGUGGGCAGUUGCGUACCAUUUCCAAGGACUCCCUCCAAAAGGAUUUUGGAGCUAAAACUGGUGAGAUGCUGUGGAAUUAUAGUAGAGGAAUAGACAAUCGUCUUGUUGGGGUGAUUCAGGAAAGCAAGUCAAUAGGAGCUGAAGUGAACUGGGGUGUGAGAUUCAGGGAUUUGCAAGAUACUCAACGGUUUCUCUUGGACCUUUGCAAGGAAGUUUCCUUACGCUUGCAGGGAUGUGGAGUGCAAGGCAGGACCUUUACCCUAAAGAUAAAAAAGAGAAGGAAGGAUGCUGGAGAGCCUGCAAAGUACAUGGGCUGUGGAGAUUGUGAAAACCUGAGUCAUACCAUAACGGUUCCAGUUGCUACUGAUGACGUGGAAGUGCUUCAAAGAAUAACAAAGCAACUUUUUGGGUCUUUCCAUUUAGAUGUGAAGGAUAUUCGGGGUGUUGGCUUGCAAGUUUCCAAGCUUGAAAGUGCAGAGACAUCAAAGCAAGGACUUGAAAGAAGAUCUUUGAAAUCAUGGCUCAUAUCUGCCUCUGCAGGCAGAGAAGGGCAAUGUCAUCCCAAAAGUGUAGCCAAAGAAAGGGUUAGUACAGAUUGUGAGGGACUUGGUGGUAAUUCAGGUCAGUUAUGCACUGAUGCAGUUGUGACAUCUGUUCAUAGAUCCAGUGAUCAAUUCAGUGGCGAUGGCUGCUCAAACCAGAUGUCAGGGCUCCCACCUUUAUGUAACCUCGAUAUAGGGGUUAUAGAAAGUCUUCCACCAGAACUUCUUUCAGAAUUAAAUGAGAUCUAUUGUGGGAAGUUGGUUGAUUUGAUUGCUGGAGGUAAAGGGGAAGCUAAAAGCUUCACCAGUGCUUUACAGGAAACAACCAAGGCCGAAGUGAAACCUCCUCCAUCUUCUGAUCAUGUCAAGAUGCCUAUAGAAGUUAAGGAAAAGCAGCAUGUAGCAGAGGAAAGGCAGGCUGUUCUCAUCUCUGGGGCUGAGUCCAACAACGUGGCUGUUUCCACUUUAGAACUUAAGAAGGCCGAUUUGAUGCCUUCAUCUCUCAGUCAAGUGGACAGAUCAGUGUUACAGCAAUUGCCUGAUGAAUUGAGAGUUGACAUAGUUGAGCUGCUUCCUGCACACAGGAGGCAAGAUUUCUCUUCAAAUGCUGCUAUUAGCACUGUUACAGUAACUAAGAAUGAACCUUCAAGUCCCAAGAUUGCUAAGAAUCUACUCAGAGCAGAUGGUAACCUCUGGAUUGGUACUCCUCCUCCAUGGGUUAAUCAAUUCAAAGCCAGCAGUUUCUUGAUGUUGAACAUUCUUGCUGAUAUGUACUAUAAAUCAAGGUCAACUAAGACUUUAUCUUCAAUACUGCAAUGCACUAUUGCUGAAUCACUUCAUCCUUUAGAUACAAGAUGUGAGGGUUGGAGUGAUGCCAUUGACAGCUUCUGCGAACUUCUCAAGCAGUAUAUUAAACUGAAGCUAGAAGUGGAUAUUGAAGAGAUCUAUGUCUGUUUUUGUCUUCUAAGAAGGCUAACAAUGAAGUCACAUUUUUUCUUAGAAGUGUACAAUAUAGUCUUUCCAUAUCUUCAGGCAUCUGUUAAUGAAAACUAUGGUGGAAGCCUGCAUCUACCACAAAAUGAAUAGUUCCUUGUCAUGGAACUCCUUAACAUUUUCACAUUGAUGCUCUGUCUCCAUCAUUUGCAAUGGAAACCAAUGGAAGAGAAGCAUUAAACUUUUGUGUUUCACAUCUAUGGCUAUUGGUUGACAAAGGGUUUAUUACCUGACGGAUAUGGCAGUGAAGCCUUUGACUGCAGGACUUGCAGAGACGUUCUUGUGUUUGCUAGCAGGAGUCCACAUCUAUUAUUGAAGAUUUGUGGUGCUGACAGAUUUAAAGAUUUGUGCAACCGCGCUGCGAUGAAGAGCCAGAGUAAAAUUCCAGAGCAAUAGCGUGAAUAUCAAUGGAGCAACUUCUCAAACUUGCUAGUCACAGAAUAAUUGUGAGUCCACCUUAUGAAGAUGAGCAUAUCCCAACGAUGAACUAUUGCCGAGUAGUUCGCUCAAUCAAGAGGCAAGGUAUAUUGUUGGCACAAGGCAACUGGGAUGGGCAUCAACCUUUAGCUAUCUUGUUGGCACGUCUUCUAUCUCUUUCCCCAGUUAACCUUAAACAGGAUAAUGGAAGUUUUUAAUGUAAAUUUAUAUUGUUCAAUUAUCUUGUUAAGAUAUACAAACGUGUUGGAAUAUAUUUAGCCUGUAGCUAAGUUCUGAAGUGCCCUCUUGGUUAUUUUGUCUAAAAUAUCAUGGUUAUAUAUUCUACACGCUGUAACAAGACCAUAGAAUUCUGGCUAAUAAGCAUCUAACAUGUCAUAAUCAUAGUGUGAAUAAGAUUUUCGUAACGGGUCAACAGUUUAUGCAUGUAGCUGUUAGCUGUAUGUUCAACUUCGUUGAGUCGUGGGCUGUUGCACAACAUUUUCUUUGCAUCUGUCACGUGUUCUUAACUCGCAUGCUGCGCUUUGCACGUGACUUGACUAUGUGUUGGUAAAUAAAAUUUAUUAGAAGAUUUCAAACAUGUCUUUGUUCAACUUGAAUAACCCGAAUAAUGAUAGUAUUUUUUU